UAAUCAUAAUAUUGUUUUUCAUAUCUAAAGAAAGAAUAUAUCUUCCUUUUUUUUAGCAUAAACGUUUCUUGUUUGAAGAUCUGCUAUAUUGUCGACUACUUUGCCAUCCAAACCAUCAGAAAGGAAAAGUAACCCAGCUAGAAUGGCGGAGGAGGUCGCUAAUACUGUGGCUGGGAAAAUACUGGACUUGUUGUUUAGCGGGGCUAAACGGGAGAUUGAUUACAUCCGAAAUUACACUAAAAAUGCUGACAUCUUGAAGAAUGAAGCACAAAAGCUCAAGGAUAUGAGUGAUAGGAUUCAACAACGAAUCAAUGCAGCUAAAGAAAAUGGAGAAGCUCUCUUAGCUGGUGUGCAGAACUGGAUGGACAAGGCAGACAUUGAAAUAUCCAAAGUUGAAGAGUUUCUUGAAGAAGAAGCCAACGCCAAGAAGACGUGCUUCAACUUACGACCUUGUGUCAAUUUGAGCACCCUCCACCAUUACAGUAAGAUGUCGAUAAACAAAACCCUUUUUCUUCUGCAGCAUCAAGAAGAUGGUCAAACUUACGAAUCUUGUGUCUCCAUUCCCACUCCCACCCCAAGAUUGGUAGACCUCUACCAAACAAAGAAUCUUGAUGAUAUUGAUACCCACAAGUUGGCGUUGAGGAAAAUCAUUGAAGCGAUCAAAGAUGAGAGCAUAAAGAUGGUUGGAAUUUAUGGAUCAGGAGGUGUAGGGAAAACCACAUUAGCCAAGGAAGUUGCUGCAGAAGUGAAGAAUCUAUUUGCAGAGAUUGUGUUUAUAACUGUCUCACAGACUGUAGAUGUUAAAGAGAUUCAAAAAAAUGUUGAAAAAGCAGCAAAGCGUAUAAUCAUUAAUAAGGAGAAGGUUCUAAUCAUUUUAGAUGACAUAUGGAAAAAGCUAGUCCUCUCUGAUGUGGGCAUACCAUGUGGGAAUGAGCACAUGAAUUGCAAGAUUUUGUUGACGUCUAGAAGGAGAAAUGUAUGUGAACAUAUGAACACGGAUAGGAAUAUCUGUGUAAACACAUUGACGAAGAAAGAAGCGUGGUUCCUGUUCAAACGUAUAGUUGGUGAUGAAAAGUUAGCGAAUGACUCCGGUCUGGAGAAAAUUGCAAAAGAGGUGACUGAAGAAUGUGGCGGAUUGCCACUCAUCAUUCAAGCGGUGGGAAAUGCUUUAAAAAAUAAAAAAAUUGAUAUAUGGGAGGCAGCACUUGACCGACUACGAAAGCAUGCCCCUCUAGAGCUCGAUCCAGAGAUUAGCUCAGCAUUUACUCAUUUGAAGCUGAGCUAUGACUUGCUUGAUAGCAAAGAAGCUAAAUCAUGCUUCUUACUGUGUAGUUUGUUCAAGGAAGAUGGAGUCAUAUCUUUGUUAAGCCUAGCAGAAUAUGGGGUAGGUAUAGGGAUAUUUAAAGAUCUGGAUAGCAUUAACGAUGCAGAAAAAAGAGUCCGAAUGGCAGUUGACACCCUCACAUCCUCUUCCUUGUUAUUGUCCGAGGGAGAUGAAGUAAAAAUGCACGACGUUGUUCGUGAUGUGGCUUUGUUAAUAACUUCUUCUUCUGAAGGUGAAGAGAAGGAGAAGUUUUUAGUGGAGGCUGGAAAUAAAGAUAUAACAGAAUGGCAACCAAGAAACAGAACCUCAGAAAGCUACACCAAGAUCUCACUCAUGGAUAAUAGAAUUCAUAAGCUUCCAGAUCAUGAGCUUCAUUUCCCACUCCUUGAUACUUUCCUUAUACAGAACAAUCGUCUUUCCAUUAUUCCUGAUGAUUUCUUUGGAGGCAUGAAAGAAGUUAAAGUUUUAGAUAUGUCUUGGAAUAAGAUCACAUCCCUCCCACAAUCACUGAAGCUACUCACAAAACUCAUCACGCUCGAUAUAAGUUACAAUAAGAAUCUCAUUGAAAUUUGUAUAGUUGGGGAGCUAAAAGACCUUGAGAUUCUAAAGGUGAGAGGUACCGGAAUUAAAGUGAUUCCUGAAGAGAUCGGUCAAUUGACCAACUUAAGGCUGUUGGAUGCGGAGGGAUGUCCUUAUUUAUCUCAUGUAGCGCCUGGUGUCAUAUCAAAGCUCACUUGGUUGGAAGAGUUGUAUUUUGGAACCGAUGACAAGAACGCAGUGUCUCGCCUUGGUCUUAUGGAAAUAAGUAAAUUGAAAUCGUUCAGAGCUCUGCAUUUAUCAAUGCAUUCAGAUGAUUGUCAUCUUUUUCCCGAAGGCACCUGCUUCGAAAAGUUGAAAGAAUUCUAUUUUCAAUUUUGGAAGGGCAGAAGGUUUUUAUUUGAGAUAGAAUCAAAAUCAUAUUUAAAACGUCGACUACACAUUUCAGAUUCUAACUUCCCGUUCAAGAUGCCAAUCAAGAAACUGUUUCAGGUAAGUGAUGGUAUAAUACUGACGGAGAUAGCAGGUUUGGAUAACAUCAUACCAGACCUCUAUGGAGAGAGUACUAUUGAUGAAUUAAAGUUUAUUCGAAUGAUUAGUUGUGAAAAUGCUUCAUGCUUGGUGAAGAUAACAGAUGAGGAUGAGGAUGCAACACAAACUUUUGUUGCAUCCAAUGACCUGAUGCUUGGUCAAAGGAAAACAACAAAGGAAAAGUAUUUCUCCCAAGUGGAACAAAUCCGUCUGACUGACCUUAAGAACCUGAAGCUUCUUUUUGAUUGUUCAUUUCAAUAUAUAAGCUUGCGUAAUCUACAAGCCAUUGAAGUUGCACGGUGUACUUCCUUGUCGGUGCUAUUCCCGUUAAGUGUAGCACAAGGGCUUUCCAAUCUGAGAAAAAUAAGGAUUCGGAGGUGUACCAGUUUGAUGGUAGUAAUUUCUGGUGGAGAUGAGCAAACAACUGAUAAUGACAUUGAGUUCCCUAGACUUACCCGUAUUGAGCUUGGGUUUUUGCCACAACUAAAGAGCUUCUACUCUGGGGAUUCUACAGUCAAAUAUCCUUCUUUGGAGUUUAUCAAGGUGGAAAAUUGUCCUAGCAUGAAGAGAUGGGGUUCCGGAGUCCACGUUAUGUCCAACGUCAAAUUUGGUGAUGAUCAAGAGAUCCUUAAUUUGUUCCAUAAAAAUUGAUGAUCUUUUGAUCAGAAAGUACAUGUACCAUGAGAGAGGUAUAUAUGGAAAGACUCAUCUUUCUUCUUUUUCCCCCUCAACAUUUCAUGCUCUACCUAAAGAUUAACACAUAAUCACACAAUAUCAAGGUUCAUUGUAAAUUGAACAUUGUGGUUCUAUGUCAUCAUCUUCCUCUUCUUCUCCAUCAGCAAUCUCAUCUUCCCAACUCCCAAGUCUCAUCAUCAUCAUCCUCAUCCACGUCUACUGUAUAUCUGAAGCUUUUCCUCAAACAUUUAAUAUUGAAUUCUUAUGGCUCGCUCAAUUUGGUUUCAACAGAGACAAGCACAGAGGAGACACCAUAUGCUCUUCUAGCUUUUUUCUUUCCUCAUAAUGCGCCUUGGCAAUUCAUCAAACAGUUGGAAGCACAAAGUAAAAUCAAUGAUUUGAGUGGAAAGUGGAUUGGAAGUUUGCAAAUAUGAUGCUAGGCAGCUAAGGGUGUUGGUUUAGAUGAGAAAUAUAGGUAGAUACCAAAAAUGUUGUCCAUAAAUGUAACAUCAAAUAGAAAUUGAUACAUAAAAAGUUUGGGAAUUUGUUAGAUCAAAAUAUGGAUGUUAACAUAUUAUUGUAUCUAUUUUGACCGUUUUUUUAAUGUGCAUGCAAUGGUCAAGAAAAAACGAAUGAAGACAUCUCAGACUAUACACAUUGGAUCAAAUGACCGAUUGAUAUCGGUGGAUAUUAUGAAAAAAGCAGUUAAGGAUAUUUAGUUUGGCCUAAACUCUAAACCUUAAACGAAAAAACUAAUUAACCAAAAUCAGACUUUUGUCUCUUUUCUUCCAUAUUUGUAAAAUUAAGUUUUAAUAUAUGAUUACAUAGACUUGUGUAUUUAUUUUAUAUGACAGUUUUGCAUACAUAUUCUAACCUUGGGGUUUUCUCCUAUACAUUA